GGCCUGUACCAUGAACGUAGAUGAACAAACUCAGAGUUACAGGAUUAGUUUUGGGUUGACAAAUCCAAACCCAUUCAAUCAGGCAUUAUUGGUACCAUGAUGAAGCUCAUCAACUUUCUUUGUUAACCCAGGCUUUGAUCCUUAAGCAUGAUUACUUGAGGCGCGCGCGUGCACAUAAAAGAGUGACGUGCCACCGAACAACCAAUUGCGUUCGACAUGGAGAGAGGGAGGUCCUUAUAUUUCUCCGCUGAGGAGCAAACUAUUAUAAUGCAGAAAUACAAUGAAUUUAAGCACGUUUUACAAGCGCGCAGUAAUACCGUGUCUGCUGCCAAAGCGAGAGAAGACUGUUGGAGAAAGAUUGCGGAUAGCGUUAAUGCAUGCAACCCAAACUCCAAACGUACUUGGCAGCAGAUCAGGACAAAAUAUAAAAAUAUACUUCAAAGUGCAAACAGAAAAAAGUGUGACGGCCGAAAAACAGGAGGAGGACCACCUCCUCCAGAAUACACUGUGGCAGAGGAGUUGGCUCUAAGUAACAAUGAGGGGCGACCAAUAAUGGAUGGUAUUUCAGGUGCUAGACAGUCUGACCCUGGUGCUGGCUCCUCUAAGCAAGUAACAGUGGUAGAUGGAAACACAGUGGCCCUGCUAAAGCCAUCACACAUACAUGCAGUCUCCCAGACAGAGAGUGUAACAAAUGAGGAGACACUGUCUGCCUGUUCUGAGACUGAAGGCACUGGGCUUGCUGAGGAUUUUUCACAACCUACCGCUGAACCUGAGGCCUCUACCUCAAUGGGAUUCAAAAGGAAUGUGAACAAGGUGGAAACUGACUCAGUCAGGGCCCUUUACAAAAGAAAAAUGGAAAUAGACUGUACACUGAAGGAGCUUGACUGUGAGCUGAGGAGACUCCAAAUAAAAAAAAAAUUAAACUGGAGAUUAAACAGCUUGAAAAACAGAUUUCUGUACGUACACCAUUAACCAACUAACACUUUGGCAUGAAUACAGAAUUUUUAUUAAUGCUACUUUCUCUUGCUCUCUCUCCUUGCUCUACAGCCACAUAACCAAUAAAAAAACAAAACAUCUGUAGUUUC